AUGGCUUCUCCUCCUUCCGAAGCUGAGCAGAAAGAGGCUUAUCAAUACUGGGGCUAUCUCUUCAAGCAAGAUCGAACAGGCACUGAUAUGCUCAAGAAUCUACUCCGAGGCAUACAUAAAUUCAUAACAACCACAUUUGAACCAUCAGAGUCACCAGAUCUCACUCCUUCUCAAAUAGCUCAGUUCUAUCGAGCAGUCAACGGCAAUUAUGACCCACUGUUUCUUUCGACUCCUCCUUCGACCAUCGCAUUCAUCUACAAGAACCUCGGCUGCUUGCACAGUCUGCAACCUCCAGUCAAUCUCGGAGAUCGCUAUGCUGAUCCUGUUGUACCAUCAUUGAAAGUUGAAGGAUGGAUCAUGUGGCAGACUGUGCAGCUUCUACUAGGACCCGACGAGCACUCGGAAUUUAUGCGACAGGCGGUGCAGAAAUGGGAUAUCAAGAACCUGGAGACCGGCGAGUCAUUUCCAAAGAUCUUGCCAAGGUCAUGUUUCCCUCCUCACCCAGACACCAGUAUGGUCGAGUGGUACGAGGGCAUGAGCAGCCGUUUGCGUCGCGAAGCUGAAGAGCAAGAGCGCAUACGAGUCCAGCCCAUCGAGGAUCGACCGGACACUCCUAACACUUCAAGACACCAUCGCAAGAUCAGCAGAUAUUCUGACAACGCUUUGACUGAUGACGAGUCACCGCCUGAUUAUAAGAAUUUUGCUAUUGCAUACUUCCGCGACCCUCUUUUUAGGACGAUAGACGGCAGACCUGGUCUUGUGCGAAAUGGCAGCCGUCGGAGACCUCCGCUCAGUCCU